UUAAAGCAUUCUGCUCAAGAUCCGAAGGUUGCGAGUUCGAGUCCAGUCCAGUACAAAAUAAUAGCAGAAAGUUUUCGGUUUGUAAAUUCAUCAUCACUCAACGAUAAAGAUAAGGAAGAAUACACUUGGAUGGCUAGGCUUGCAUCAAAGGAUAUUUCUCAACUACAACAACAUGACCAGAGAGAAAAGUAGGGGGCGUUCCUACACUACUAUACUAUACUAGUGAAGCUGAAGAGAUGUCUUCUCUCUGUGUGGCAGGAGAUGGUAGUCUGGCUGUAGCAGUAGCCAAUGGAGACAUAAAGGAGGUGGCAGCUUUGUUGGAGGGUGGGGUGGACCCUGAUCAACGCUCCUCUGAUGGAUUUGCUCCUCUCUGUAUUGCUGCCUUCUGGGGAUAUGCUGACAUGGUCAAGCUACUGCUAAACAAAGGAGCUAACAUCAACGUGAGCAAUAGUGGUACAGGUUGGACACCUUGUCAUUGUGCAGCAUUUCAAGGUCAUGGCAAAGUCAUGCUCCAUCUCUCCCAGGCCAAGCCAGACCUGAGCAUACAGGACACUGCCGGGAGGACAGCCAGCGAUUUUGGGUCUGCCCUAGAGAGUGUGUGGCCAUUCUUUGUUGCCAUGGGUUGCAGUCGGACUAGCAAGGCAGAGCUGGUCAGAUUAGACAUCAUCAAGAAGAGUGAACCAAGAGUGGAGAAGGGGGCGACUAACAGUGGUAGUGAUGGUCAGGUGAUGAGUAGGGUGUCCCAUCUCUCCAGGCCUGGAUCAUCUUAUGUGCUCAACACUCGACUAUUGCAACCCUCCAGGAGCACUCAGAUGUCCGCUGCUCUGGCAUUUGGUGAUGUCCUUCAAGAGGAGCCAUUCCAGCACUCGGCAGGAGGGGACAAGUCAGGAAUGAACUUAUGGCAGACAUGAACUAAUAUUCCGUGUCAUAAUUAUAUGUACCAGAUGGCAUGUAGAUUACUUUUAUAACCCAAUAUCAAACGAAUUAUAAUUAACAACACUUACUACAUAAUUAUACAAUUAUAAUAAAAUGA